AUGAAGCUGUGUUUCAUUGAUGUCCCAGCCAACAUGUUUUCCUUCAUGAUGAUGUCCAAGGAGCUAAUAAAGGAAGCGAUCCUUGACAAUGACUUCAUGAAGAACCUGGAAUUAUCCCAGAUCCAGGAGAUUGUGGAUUGUAUGUACCCCGUGGAGUAUGGCAAGGACAGCUGCAUCAUCAAGGAGGGAGAUGUGGGUUCCCUGGUCUAUGUCAUGGAAGAUGGGAAGGUUGAAGUGACAAAAGAGGGAGUGAAGCUCUGCACCAUGGGACCUGGCAAAGUUUUUGGGGAGUUAGCCAUCCUCUACAACUGCACCCGGACAGCUACUGUCAAAACUCUCGUAAAUGUGAAACUUUGGGCUAUUGAUCGGCAAUGUUUUCAAACAAUAAUGAUGAGGACUGGCCUCAUCAAGCAUACUGAGUAUAUGGAAUUUUUGAAAAGCGUUCCCACAUUCCAGAGCCUUCCCGAGGAGAUCCUCAGUAAGCUUGCAGAUGUCCUGGAAGAGACUCACUACGAGAGUGGAGAGUACAUCAUCCGCCAAGGGGCUCGAGGGGACACCUUCUUUAUAAUCAGCAAAGGAAAGGUGAGUUCACACCUUCCCAAGGCAAGGGGCUACCAAAAUCCCACUCCAGACUCUCUCUCUCCCCUCCUGAGGCACAAAUGUGUCAGCACUUGA